AUGCCGGCAUUGAGUCCAUUGGUCGCUGACAACGGCGAGCACACGGGAACAGGAGGCAGCCGGCGCUGUCCAGCUGUUGUCUUCACCAUCGUCGGGCCCGGAUCGCUGCAGACUGGUGCUGGCUCGCCGCGGCCUCCGGCCUGGCGCAUGCGGGCUGCGCCGCCGCCGGUCAGGCUCGCGCGGGAUCCUGCCCCUGCCGUGCGCCCGACGGCGAUGGCAGCUCCCGCACGCGCUUGGCAUGUGCUGCGAAGAAGAGCUUGA